AUGUGGUGUGCUGUCACCCCAAAUGCAGCGCGUGGUUAUGGGCUGACCGAGCAGCCAAGUCUGUCAGGCGGAUCCCGCGGAGAGGCGGGGGUCCUAGCUGCCAUCCACAAGCACUGGAGCUCCCUUGAUGCGAAACUGCAAGAAGAGCUCACAGCACAAGGUCUGCGAGUGAAGCCGCCACAGAAGGAGGCAGACGAUCUGCAAGAGGCCUGUCGGCAACACCUAGCGUCACUCCCAGAGAGCAUCCAAAAGCUGGUGCAGGAGCCCAAGCAGGAGCUCACGUACGGAGAGGCGGUGUCUGACCUGAGCAAGAAAUUCAAGUUGGAAACCAGCCAGCUCAGGGACCUAGUGCAGCAGUCAAUUACCUUGCAAGAACGCAUCGAUAAGGCAAAGCAGAGCUAUGAAGAACUGCUCCGUAGCAUGCAGGUCCUCACUGAAAAGUUGCAGACCAAGCAAGCUGAGGUAGAGGCCUUACAGAAGCAGCUGCAGAGCAAGCUCAGUGAGUCAGAUGUGCCGCCAGCUAAGCCGGAGGAGGUGCAAACGUUUGAUGCAUUCUUUGCGGCGCUGGAGAAGGCUGGACUCCAGCUGGAUGAAGCGCAGCGCAACAAGGUCAAGGAGCAUCUUGUUGAGCCGCCACUCCUCGGAGUACAGGUGAAAAAGCGUCGUCUGGAAGAGGGCACAGGUGAGGAGCCUGGCGAAAGCAUGCAGCAGGGGUUUUCAAUGCCAUUACGCGUGGAUCAGCUGGCCAUUUUGCGAGCUCUACCGGAGCAGAGGUCUGUGGAUGGGGAGUGGCAAAUGCCAAGACGUUUUGCGAAACCGAGGGAGGCUUGCUUUGAUUGUUGCACACUGUCCGGCCCUCAAUUCUUCAACUUAGCGGCUGCCGAUGCAGAAGUGGAGCACGUGGCUGUGUCAGGGGAGGCAGUUGCGGGGGACAGCGAGGGGGAUUGGACCAGUGAGGGGGAUCAGCAGGCGCCCGUGGGGGGUUUUGUAACCGUGACUUUUGGGCGGGGCUUUUCUAGUCCUCGUGGGGAGCGUUUUGAGCCGACUCGUUCUGGGAUGCCCUGUGAGCCAGGACAGUUCAAGGGGGGCCAGCAGGGGUCACAGGAGCGGGUUGAGGACCUGAGCAGUCAUGAGGCACCGAAAGCCCGUGACAGUGUACAGCAUGUCGAAGCCACGGUGUCUCAGCAACAGGUUCAGUGCGAAGUUUUUGAACAGCGGGGCAAGCACGAGCCGGGUGCAGAGGAGGUACUGGUUGCACAGCAGGAGGAAGUAGUGCCGCUGAUCAGUCCUGAGGUUGUUAUCGUUGAGGCAAGCCCUGAGGAUAAACCCAGUGGUGACAGUGCACAAGAACAGGAGGCUAGCCGACUUUGUGAGGACAUCAGUGUGCUUUUGCUGCCUCUAAAGCCGGGGGUGGCGGUGCCAGCAGAGGUCGAGCGGAAACUGGUUGUUUUGAUUGAGCGGGGCACUGUUGAAGCUCUGCAGUGGAAGCUCAUAGGUGCCGGUUAUGAGGCCAUCGGUGUCCAGGCCCAGGGCCUUGCUUACACCCUGAUCAGUCUCUAUCUCAAAGAUACGGAAGGCCCGACGGGGCCGCGAAAUGCGCAGAUCCUUGCAAGCUUGGUGGCAUAUGUGCGUGAGUUGCCGGAGCCUUGGAUCAUAGGCCGUUUGAUCACCGCUGGAGAAAUCACAUGUACCCAAGGUGAGGGCAAUGAACUUGAUUUUGUCUUGGUUAGCCGUUGCAUUGAAGCAGCCGUCACCUUGACAGUCGAUUGGCAGGUGCCGUGGAAACCACAUGCAGCAUUGAAGCUGAUUGUGGCAGGCGCUGGUGUGGCAGACCCUCGAUGGAGACUGCCACAGUUCGCUAAACUGUCAGGAGAUGUCUCGGAGAGGGAUUGGCCAGAGGUUGGCGCAGUCACACCACACAUCAUGGGACAGGUCGGGCAGGAUGGAGUCUCAAGUGCAUUGGCCAGGUGGGCCAAAGCCAUGGAGGUGUGUCGAGGUGAUCCGCAGGGUCGAGGCUAUCAGGUGGACAAAGUCUGGGGAACAGUGCAAGAGACGCGGUUUGUGCAGGCCAGCACGGCAACUGCUGCAGGAUGGUGGAGUCGCAUGCGGAGGUGCAUCAUCACACUCCAAGGCCAGCUUAGCCGCAACACGUGGGAACAGGUGCAAGGUAAUGCCGAAGCAGCCGACGCUUUCCUGCAAAGGGCGGUGGGCAG